AUGGCUUGUGUUCUCAUACCGUUCCGUCGGAAAAAAGCAAGAGCUGAUAAUUUUUUAAUCACAGCAUCUGUUUCGCUAUUGAAUGUCGAAUUACGCAAGAAAAGGUGGUAAGGGACAAGAUAAAGUAUUUUCUUUCUCUCUUUUCUAUUAAGAGUUUAGCCUUCGAAGCUACUUGUCUCACUAGAGUCAGACUUUUUUUUACUUUUCUGAUUAGAAAAUGAUCAAAAGUUAAACUCUGACGAAGCGUACAAUUUCGAAAACAAUAUGAAUUUCACUAGGAUUAAUUGAAUUGAGGAAAAAAUAUGCGUUUUAGAAUUUGGCUGAGUUCGAUUUCACUGUUGAAUUCCGCGUGAGACUUAAGCAACAGAAACAAAGGGUCUUUCCCCAAACUGAAUAUUGUUUGCCCUUUGAAGUUGCAAGACUCGGUAAAAAACAAAUACUUAGCUAAUUGGUAUUUUUCACGGCGGUGCUGCGAGAGAAAGUUUUUGAUAACGGUCAAUCAUUAACAGCAAGGGGGAGGGAGGGGUAAGUUUUACUAGUUACCAGUCUUGGCAUUAAGACAUCAUGGCGGCCGCCUUGAAGCUAUGAUGUACUUCUUUGCCUUUUGUCAUAUUCCAAAAUAACAAAAGAUGUAAGUGCAUCUCAGACCUUGAAUCAUAAAACGUCAAUCGUUUAUAUAGGGAUAGAAUCCGCACUGAACAGAAAUAUGGCUAACUAUGGCAACUUUCUCACAUUAUGCAGACAUUCUUGUUUUGUUCUUCAACUAGGUAUCCCCACAAGCUUGCAGUUUUUUGGAAAAAAAGGAAAGCGAAAUACAGUACAAAGGUAGUCAGUGUAGACUUUGGAUCUCUGUUCUUUCUCUCUUAGCUCAUUAAACGUUAUUGAUGUCUUAAUCGUCAGUUUGAGUUAAAGAAAUAUUUCUUGCAAUUACUUUUUCUCUCAGCCUUUAGCAUGGUUUGGAGGUGUUGCAAAUGAUUAUCGUGGUGUUCAUUUUUGGCCUGAGCCUGAUCCAGUAGCUGGUAAACUUACUCUCCUCAAGGUAAGUUUUGAACAAAGGCAACAUGAGGUAGAAAUUUGAGGACAGAUUUCCUUAAAGUGCCACAGUAUUUGGAAACGAAAUUUUAGUCCAAAAGACUUGCCUUCGUCAUAGUUUUCUUUUUGAAACCAUCGUUUUCGUAAACACGUUAUACCUACUUACUGAAGCCUUCUUUGCUUUUUAUUUGGCUUGCUCCUUCCUCCAAUUCAAUUUGCGUUACGUUUUAAGAAAUUUUGAAAUAAAAACAGUCCAUCUUAAUGUUAAAUCUAUUAUAACUUUCAUUCUAAAAGUUCAAAGCACAGCAACUGAAGAGAAAAAAAAAUUAUGAAACGCUAUUGAAUUUAUGAAACGUUUGAGGACAUAUGAUUAAAUUUAUAUUGCCAAAGCCAUUAUAUGAACUUUAUUUCACAAUAACACUUCCUGGACGUUAAAAGACACUGGACAGGCAAAAUUAAUAGGGACCUUAACCAGUCAGGAGAGUGAUGCCUAGGAAGACAAAUUGAUUAAAAAAUAGAUCUAAAUUUUUGUUUGGAAUUUCCUUAAUAGCAGCAUGAAUGCUUUUACUGUCUCUAACAGUGCCACAUCUCAACCUCUGUAUAAUGUGUGUGAGCCACAUUGAGUUCCAUAUUGAAAGUGAAAUAAUUUUCUGUCAGUGUUCCUGUACACAGACCACGUCAAAUUUGAUUUGACUUCAACAUGAAAAAAGUUCUAAAUGCUAGUGCUUAGCUAUUGUUCUGCUCAUUUGGUCUUUUGUUUUGUCACAUCUUCGAUUCCAUUGUUCUUGUGGUUUGUUCAAGGUCCCUAAUAUUGUUGUUAUCAAGUUUGUUUCUUUAUUUUAAAACAAUAUUUAUUUGUAUUUGUAGAACUCAGAGGAUGAAAUGACAGAAUAUCUAGAAAAGCAGUGGAAUAUUUUCAUCUGUAAUGUAAGCUUUUCCCUUUUCAAUAUUAUGCAAGCAUGUAGUCACUCUUUGAUAUUAUUUUCACUCCAGGCAGUUUGGAGUAAAUCUGAACACUUUUCAUCUUCCUCUUGCUUCUUUGAAAUCAUUAGGUGUCCCCCAGUGGUUGUCACCAGCUUCUGGCCACUGGCUGUAUUGAUAUCAGUAAUUACAUUACAGAGAUGCCUAGAAAAGUGGAAGUUACUGUCACUCUUAAGCCAGCAAUCAAGAAAGUUGUUUCUGGUAAAAUUGAGUUUGAAUUAUCAUGGAUUAUCCAGGAAGAUGACAGAGUUGUUCAGUGAGUAUUCUUCCGUAAUUUCCAUAGCUAGUUAUUGUAGUGAUCAUCCACCUUAUGUUUGGCAUUUAAAAGUUAGUUACUUGAUCAUGAACUUGAUCAAUAAACUUUCAAAGUGAGAUAUUAUCAUUUUUGCUGCAUAAUCACAAGGGUCAACUAAAAUCUAAAGUUUAGUUGCUCAAUGGUUUUUAUUCAUGCAGUUAUUAUUUGUUUUGUCUAAAAGUAAUUGUAUUGUGAAAUUCCAUUAACUCUUUUGCAUUACCUUUACAGUCCCACAGAUGAAGAGAUAUGGGAAGAGAUAAUGCAGGAGGUCAGGGAGGAACAAGCAAGAAGAAAAGCUGAGGGAAAGACAGCAAAACAAAAAUCUUUGAAAAAAAGAAGGCACAGGAAAUGUGGCUGCUCAAGUGAUACAGACAUUGCAACUGAAGAAGACAAAAAGAAAGAUAAAAGCAAUAAAGUUGGCUGCUCAAGUGGUACAAAAAUUGCUGUUGCUGGGGAAGAUAAAGAAACUAUUGAACAACAAGGUGGCAUCUUCCCAAAUGCUGAACCUCAGGUGGAUCCCUCAUCUGGCAGCAAUACCAAAGUGGGGUCAGGAAAGGUCGGGAGGCAGUCUUCACCUCAUCAUGCACAUCUUAACCCUGUUUCACCCCAAACACACCCACCUGCUAGCCAGGGUCUGCCAUUAGAGAGUGAAGAGAAAAAAGAGGUGCAAAGUGAAAGGAACCUUCAUAAAACUGUCAGGUUUCAAAUUGAUGAACAGCCUGAGGUAUUACAUCUUGUUGUACAUGAUGAAGAAGCACUGGCCUCCUUGUCUGUGUUGUCUUCAGAAACUGUUUACAGAGAAACAGUUUUCAUAAAGGAAGAUGAAGUUGCAACAAAAGAGAAGUGCAUUCCCAAGAGAGAUGAAAAUUCAUGUAAGUUCUGUUUUGAUUUCCAGCCUCCCAUUCCAAAUGGAAAGGGGCUUAAAUUUGAAUACUUUUCUCCUGUUUGAUCUGAUUUAUUUUCAAUCAAACAGUUUUAUUGUAAGACUCCUUGGAACCUUGAGCUAUAAGCACUAAAUAAAAAUCAUAACUUUACAUUUUUUAAUUCUGAAUUACAACUAUUUUUGUUGAUUAUUGAUGUUAACCUUUUUGUUCAGCCUCAAGUGGAAGCCAGCUUCACUCAGAGUUGGCCAGUUAUGUUGAAGAGGAACUGAAGCUUGUUCAAGAUGAAUUAUUAUCUUCGGAAGAAGUCCGCUCAAAAGUAAAACUUGAAAUGCAGAGAGCUAUGUCAUCAGGUGGAUGAUCCAUUUCCAAAAUGAUAAAGUGAAAUACCUUGGAAUUUCAAAAAAACUUAUGUUAAGUUCUUUUCCCCACUAAUGAGUUAUAAAUCUUUAACUCCAGGAUCUUAUUGGUAAUUCUCUUUACUGUCUGCGGUACAAUUCUUAUGAUAUUAGAUCAGUAAAAUUGGUAUUGAAUGGACUAAUGCUAUUGUUUUGAUAUUGUAAGGAUAAAUUCUGUCUUGAUCAUUCUUAGGAGUGAAAGCAUUAAAAAUAUUAAAAAACAGCUAAUCCCCAAACUAGAGAUACUGCAAGUUUUUACACUUAUUUCAGAUGUUAUAAGCCAUGCUUAACUUACACAGCUUAUACAAUGUAUUUGUUUAUUUUUUGUCUGUAGACCACAAAGAAGAGUUUGAAAGCUUAAACCAAGGCUGGCUUAUAUUGGAUAGCUUCCAUUCCAAAGUGAUGAACAGAGAAGAUGACCUUCUUGCCCUGUAA